AUGAGUGCUGAACUCACUAGAACCAACGGUUGUGCAUUUGCUAUUUGCUUUCAAAAGCUGAAAUAUGUUCCCGAGGUUCCAAAUUAUGAGUCUUCAUCAAAGAGGGCAGUAGCUGAUGAAGAACUUCAGUUUGAACUUGAAGCCCAACGCAAGAGAGCUGAAGAAGCUGAGGCAAGAUAUGCCGAUAUAGCCGCUAGUAAUGCUGCCCAACAAAAAGAACUGAAUGAGAUGAAUGCGCGUCAAGCAAUCAUUGAGAAAGAUCUUGCUAUGUUGAGGAAUCAGAGGUACAAUGAUAAUGCUGCCAUUUCAUGUGUUGACAUGCACUCGUAUUUGUUUUAG